UUCUGUCCUCAUGCGCUUUAAACGUUCGUACUACAUAGUUUGAAGUUUUCUGUCUUUCCAUAGCAGUGUUCAUCUAUCUAAACAAUAACUUUCGUAUUUUAAAUUAUAUUAUUUCAGCUGAUAUUAGAUAAAGUGAUUGUUUGAUUCUUGAUUUGUUUAUCUUAAAAGAGUCAGAUUGACGAAAAUAGUUUCUUUUAAUAACCUUCGCUCUGAUUGAAAGGCGAACUCUGGUUUUUGGUAUCACAAUGGAUCAUAUUGGAGUUGUGAUACGAUAUGAAUGAGGAAUUUUGUGUUGACUUGAAAAUACCGAAGAUAAAGACCGAGACACAAAACUCAAACGCCGAGUCGUAUUAUACUCAAAUCUCCUGAUAAUAAAAAGGAAAGCAUGGAUAAUUCAGAACAGAACAUAUCAAUGUCAAUAAGAAAAAGAAGAAAUAUUUCAAAAAAUAGGAGCCAGAAUGCUAGAUUGCGUGAAAAGACGCCAGAGCCAGGAAGAACACCAGCACCACAUGAAGACACAACAUCUGAUGAUGAGGAAAAUAAUCCUCAACGUAAUUCUCGAGAGAUUGAAGCUGACAAUACAUAUGAAGAAAUGAGGCGUCUAGUUGAAAAAAAAGCGAAUGAAAUUGAUCCCGUUUAUGACAUAAACACGGAUGAAAUUUUAGAAGCAAGAGCGAUGGCUGCAAAUGAAAGGAGAAGACGGAGUAUAUCUCCAUUUGCUGUACCUGAUAAAGAUGAGAUUUGUAAUUUACAGCGAAAAGGUAGCUUUAUAGAUCCAUCAAAUAAGCUAUUGAGUACAAAUUAUUCAUUGAAUUUGAAAGAUGAAGAUAAUCCUCGUCGAAGUUCUCUAACUAUUGAUACAUCCGAUAUGAUGAAAAUACAGUCUAGCUCUCUAUCACCACCUUUAAGUGCCAGUGCUUCUCCCAAAGAUAAAAAUUUUCCAUAUCCUUGCCCAAGUACACCUAAGAAGCUUGAAGAAAUAGUUUACCCUGAUGAAGUACAUAAACAAGCUACAGAAAAGUCAAAUUUACCUAAGGAAGGAAAAAAGAAAGAAUUGACAAAAGAAACUGAUGAAAAAAUUUGUAAAAAGGCCAAGACGACAAAAGGACCUGAAGCUUUAGCUCAAAAAACUGGUGAACUUAUAACAAGAGUAAUACAAGUGGAAAGAACACCUAGUAAAAAGUUAAGUCAAGAACAAAAUCCUGUUGUACAAAUAAGAGAAAGGGUAGUGAGGACACCUAGUAGGAAACUCGCAAAUGAAUUAAAGCCUGUUGUUGUUAGACAAACACAAGAUAAGCAGCAAGAAACUCAACCAAAAACACCACCAGUUAAACCAGCAAGAAGUAAAUCAGCAUCACGGCUGUCGGUCAGUUUUUACGUAAAGAUAACAAUAGUGGUCGUUGUGAUUGUUGCCAUUAUUUUAUAUUUUAUUUAUGUUAAACAAUAAAAUAGGGUGACUGGCUAAUCAUAAAAUAAUUAUUGGAAUGUUCUUUAAUCAGAAAAUACUAACUUUUAAUUGUUGCUAAUACUAUUUACAGAAAACUAGUGAGAGUGAGAUGAGUGAAGAUCAAACUUACAGUCAAAAUCUGCCUUCCAGUGGGGCUCGUCGGAAAUUAGUGCCAACGCCACGGCGUUUUAUCAAAAAUAAACCUCCAAGAGCUAAUCGCUCACAGUCAGUAAAU